UGGGUUUCUGUAUUGCGUAUUGAAUUCCCCUUUUGGCGAAUAUUCUCCUUCUCCAUUCCAAUCUCUCCCCACCCUUUUGAGUGAUCCUAAAGGAAAGAAGAUAAUUGGGGGGUAAGGUAAUGGAGUUGUAAAAUAGAUUUCAGUUUCUCUUUCCUUUUCUCUUUCUCUUCCCCCCUUUUCCUCUGCUUCUCUGUUUGUUUCCCGAGAAAAGGGAAAAAGGGUUGUUUAGUUUCAAGGGAAAGGGGGGAAAAUCUUGGAAGAAAAUGGAGAAGAAAGGGGAAACGAAUGUUGUUGUUGGUAAGAUGGGUAAGUUUCAAUUGAGUUUUUGGGAGGUGGGUGUGUUUACCACUGUUGUAAUUGCCUUCCUUUUUGGCCUUCUCUGUGUUUACCUAACCAUGCCGGCCUCCGAUUACAGCUUCCUCAAGCUUCCUCGUAACCUUCAAGAUCUUCAAAUCCUCAGAGAUCACCUUGAGGAAUAUACAAGUGACUACACUGCACAGGUCUUGGUGGGAUACUGCGUCGUCUACAUCUUUAUGCAGACCUUCAUGAUACCUGGAACGGUUUUCAUGUCACUGCUGGCCGGAGCCCUCUUUGGAGUCUUUAAGGGCGUUGCUCUCGUCGUAUUCACUGCUACAGCCGGAGCUUCCUCUUGCUAUUUCCUCUCAAAGAUGAUUGGGAAGCCCCUCGCCUUUACUCUUUGGCCUGAAAAGGUGAAGUUCUUUCAAGAUCAGGUUUCUAGGAGAAGGGAAAAACUGUUGAAUUACAUGCUUUUUCUAAGAUUGACUCCAACCUUGCCAAAUACAUUCAUCAAUGUUGCAUCUCCGAUCGUCGAUGUGCCUUACCGUACCUUCUUUCUCGCCACUGUGGUUGGUCUCAUCCCAGCUGCAUACGUUACAGUCAGGGCUGGAUUGGCGCUCGGAGAAUUGCGAUCGGUUGGUGACCUAUACGACUUCAACUCGAUUGCCACACUGUUUCUGAUUGGAAUUGUCUCGGUGACCCCGACUUUAGUUGGCAAGAGUAAAUCAUAGCAUUCUAUGGCCUAACACUGUUGAGCUUGGAUAUUUCGAUUGACUCGGGAACGGAAUUUGCAGCUGCAUUCCAUGUACAGAUAUAGCAUAAUCCCCUUUGCAGCCAUUGAAGGUGAUGAUAAUUGAUUUGUUUGGUGUUUAACUAUAAAUGUGGAUGUGAGGUUUGGGAGAGUUGGGGAGAAGGAUCAGAGUUAUUAAAUUUCGAUUUGAUCGUCAGUAAUUGUUCAGUUUCUUAUGGAUAAUUUUAUUUUUGAUUGACCAGAAUCAUACAAUGGAUGAUCAUAUUCCUUUGUUUGACCAAAAAUCAUAAAAUGGAAGAUCAUAUUCAUUUGUGAAUAAUAUAUUUUGGCAUAUUUGUAAUUCAAUGUGGUCAAUUUGUGGACCAUUUCUAUUUUAUUCACCUGGAAAA